GAACAAAGUAACCUAACCUCUGAAAUAGUCAUAGUUGAUAAUAAACAGGUAUAACUUAUGGGAGAAUUUUUCGAGGCCUAGAGUCCAGAUUGGCUGAAAGCAACAGCAUGACAUUCGAAUAUAUAAACUGAAGAGAAAAUAAGUCUUAGUCAACAAACUGAAUUAGUGAUACUAUGAAUUCAGCGUGAAUACAUCAUACGUGGUUUUUGAAAAGAUAAACUUCAAAUAUUAUUUUUAACUUUGCGGUAAAAUGAUGAAAUUUAAUAAUUGGGGACUUUUAACACUUGCAUUUCUUCUAACAUUUCUCUUUGCUUGUACUAACAAGAAUAUUGUAUCUUGUCAACAAUCCGUAAUAAAUUAUGGAGACUAUUCAGAUCAAUUUUUGCAGGGAGCAGGAGAAUAUGGAUUAUUAACACCUGGUCUUGUGAACAUACCGGAUAAACAAUUUAAUUUAACGCUGUUAAAUGUACAAGAGCCAACACCGAUUUCCGCUAUUUCCUUGGCUAUCGUAUUCGAUUCAACCGGUUCAAUGGGUAAUGAUCUGAAACAGGUGAAAAUUGGUUCUAGACGCAUAUUACAACGGCAUUUGCAACGUGGUGAAGCAAAUUACAUCAAAGAUUUUGUCUUAGUUAAAGUACAUGAUCCAGAUUGGAAACUUGUUCGUGAUGCAUCUCAAGAACAGUGUCGUUCUUGGCAAACAAUUACUUUUCCCUUACAACUGGUAACAUUUAUUCGCGUUGUUGGUACAUAUAAUACGGCGAAUGAUGUAUUUCAUUUGGUCCAUUUAGAAUGUCCGUAUCCUCCAGCAGAGACUACAGAAAGUGAUACAGAAGCACAUGGUGAAAAAUUACUGGGUCUGACUACAAGUGUUAUGCCAGAACCUAAUAAUGAUCGAGGAAAUAUUGUGAUACCUUUGUCAUCUAGAGUUAACCAACACGAUAGUAGUAAUGAUAAUGUCGGCAGCGAUGAGUAUCAAUCACGGAACUCUCAUCAGUCACCAGUUAUCGGAGAAAUAACGCAAGACCGUGUACUUCGCGAUUCCGACAGCAUUCGAUCUGAAUCAAGUGUUCAUGAUACUAAUGAUCAGUCAAAUGUAUUCAGAAUGCAUUACAAUCAACGUCCUAACACGAUGACUACUACAAUUGCGGAUUACGAUUUAAUGUCUGACUUGAAUACGUCCUCUCCCUCUACUACUGCAGAUGGUGGUAAUAUUGCUUUGACAGCAUCAACUAUAGCUGUAUCAUCAACGCCAGCGACAACAAUAUCUGAUCAGCAUGGUAUGGCACCUGUAGGUCAAGAUAGCCUACCACAUUAUUCAUUUCAUCAUGCAUGAACAUGGAUGGGUGUUUUUUUGUUUAUGAUCGCCUCUCUUUCAGUUUGAAAUUGUUAUUUGAACCAUAUUGUUCUACGGAGUAUUUUUAAUUAAACUGAUUCUCCCGCUAAAUUCAAUUCUGAUGAAACUUAGUAUGAUGCAAACAACAUAUCUGUUUUGAAAUCCCUCUUGGUGGGUAGAUACUGACCACCUUGCCAAUUGUAGGUUGGAAAAUGAGUUUCAGAAAUAAUCAUAUGCAUAUCUAAGCCUAGCGAAUUUCCACCCUAUGUAAACGGUACUUUAAAAACUAAGUGUAACACAGUCUAGAUUCAGUUGAGCAUCUCCUUAAUGCCUAAUAUGUUACAAGAAAAUCAAGGAGUGCGUUAAAAUAGAAAGGAAAAGUUAAGGGAGAUACUAA